AUGAAUCUGGAAAUCCUGCACCGGCACCCGAGCCAUGUCCAAGGCAUGCUAAGGUCGCGCAAGCUACUGGCUCUGGUCCUUCUUGUCGGCACCGCUGCUCUCACCCUAUACCUGCUCCAGAGUCCCCAGCAGAUCCAGACACUCGAGGAAUCGACGGCUUCGCUCUUCCAAGGCCACCAUGCCCACGAGGAGAACCAGCCACUCCUCCCCGCGAGUUCCUUGUUGCAUCCUAUCCACCAGCUAGUCGCCCAGGGGGAGAGUGACUUUCAGACUGUCCGAGCGCGCCAGUCGCGGUCUCUCAGCGAUGCGGUAGCCGAGUACCGCAGGCGGUACAAGCUGCCUCCUCCUCCGCAUUUCGACAAAUGGUACAACUUUGCGAAGAAACGGGGCGUCGAGCUCAUCGACGAGUAUGACACGAUAUAUCACCAGUUGCUGCCCUUUUGGGCAUUGGAACCCAGUGUCAUAAGAGAGAGGACAAGAGAAGCUAUCGGAUUCGACAAUGCUUUGAUCUCUGUCAUGAUCCGCGAUGGCAAGGUCACCAAGGCCGAAGGAGGUGGAGAUAUGUACGAGUGGCAUAGGGAGGCGACGCCUAUCAUGUUGAAAGAUUUCAUCAAGUACCUGCCCGAUAUGGACCUAGCAUUCAACAUUCAUGACGAGCCUCGCGUGGUGAUGCAGCACGAUGACCUCCUGCACCACGUCAAGGUGGCCAAGGACGAGAACAUCCCCAAGGCAUACAAUGCUCAGAGACUGAAGAACGAAUGGUCGCGCCGCGCCGAAGAUCUCGGUGAAGGAAUCCGGAUCAAAGAAUACAAAACUACCCGCUUCAACCGCUUUGCCCACCAACCGACAUGGAGCAAUUCUAGAAUCUCCUGCCCACCAGACAGUGCUGCGCGUUACUGUCUCACCGACUCCUGCCCGGACAACAUUACUGCCUAUUCUAAUCUGCCCCUGGGCUUCGUCCGGAACACCACUGCCUUCUCCGACAUCUGCAACUCUCCCAGCAUGGAGAGGUCAUUUGGCUUUUUCGACCGUCCCAACGCGUUUGAUGUCACACACGACCUCUUCCCCAUCUUCUCGCAGUCCAAGAUCUCUUCCUUUCAAGACAUCCUGUACCCGUCGCCAUGGUAUUAUAUGGGCCGUGUCAAGUAUGAGCCGGAACGGGAUAUGCCGUGGGAACAGAAGGCUCCUACGAUGUAUUGGCGAGGUAGCACCACCGGUGGCUUCUCCCGCGAUGGUGGGUGGAGAAGACAACACCGUCAACGGUUUCUCACCAAGAUCCAGCCACUCAACACGGCCAAGAUUCUCGAAUUGGACACCAACACUUCGGCAGAAGAUUCUCUGUGGCGCGAGAAGACCAUUUCCGCCGCCGAGGUAGCGCAUUAUUUUGACGUCAAGUUCACGUACAUUGGGCAAUGUGACCCUGGGGACUGCGACGCUCAACGCGAGUACUUUGGGACUGUGGAGCCUGUCAACAUGUUUGACGCACUGGCGUCUCGGUAUCUGCUCGACAUAGAUGGCAAUGCCUUCUCAGGUCGCUAUUACGCCUGGCUGUUGAGCAAAUCUCUUGUCUACAAGCUCGCGGUGUUCCGUGAGUGGCACGACGAAUGGCUGAGGCCGUGGGUGCAUUACAUCCCCCUUGGUCUGAUCGGUGACGAAUACGCCGAGAGCGUGAGGUACUUUGAUCAAGAGGAGGCUGGCAAGGUGGAAGGCAAGAGGAUCGCCGAGCAGGGCAGGAGUUGGGCGCAAAAGGUGCUGAGGAAUGAGGAUUUGGAGGUGUGGUAUUUCCGGCUGUUGUUAGAGUGA